AUGAUGGUCCUGCAGGUCCCUGAGGCCCCGAGGACAGCAGCUCUGAUGGUGUUGCUCAUGGUGCCACUCAGUCCCGUGGUUCAGAGUGAGGCCACUCCAGAGAAUUACGUCUUCCAGGGACGGCAGGACUGCUACGCCUUUAACGGGACGCAGCGCUACGUGGACAGGUACAUCUAUAACCGGGAGGAGUUCGCGCGCUUCGACAGCGACGUGGGGGAGUUCCGCGCGGUGACCGAGCUGGGGCGGCCCUCAGUCAAGCACUGGAACAUCCAGAAGUACUUCCUGGAGCAGAGGCGGGCCGCGGUGGACACGUUGUGCAGACACAACUACGAGCUGGACGAGACCGUCACCCUGCAGCGCCGAGUCCAGCCUAGGGUGAACAUCUCUCCCUCCAAGAAGGGUCCCCAGCAGCACCACAACCUGCUUGUCUGCCAUGUGACAGAUUUCUAUCCAGGCAACAUUCAAAUCCAAUGGUUCCGGAAUGGACAAGAGGAAACGUCUGGGGUUAUGUCCACUGAACUGAUCCGUAACGGAGACUGGACCUUCCAGAUCCUGGUGAUGCUGGAAAUGACCCCCCAGCAGGGAGACGUCUACACCUGCCAAGUGGAGCACCCAAGCCUGGACAGUCCUGUCACCGUAGAGUGGAGGGCACAGUCUGAUUCUUCCUGGAGCAAGACGCUGACUGGAGUCGGGGGCUUUGUACUGGGGCUGGUCUUCUUUGGAGUGAGCAUCUUUAUUCACAUGAGGAGCAAGAAAGAGGCUGGUUCGUCCGAGACUGAUGGCUUCCCAAGAGGAUGUUUCUGCGAGUAAUUGCUCGGAAACCACUUUCUGUUCUUUGAUUCAAUGCACAGUUUCUCUUGUGGAGCCUCCAACAAACUUCCCUUUUC